AUGGCAACCUUCACAGUGACGUCCCAAAAAAACAAAAGUAAAAAAGAUAAACGACGCAAGUUUGAUUGCUUUUCAACAAAAAUAUCAUCAUGUCACAAACCUCAAUUACGAAAGGCGUGCAGUAACAACCAAACAAUUGAAAAAAAUCACAUCAACAUUUUCCCUCCACCGCCGAUCACCCCAACAAAUUAUUGGCAAUUCUCCUCAUCUCUACCCCUACCUUCUAAUCAAAACGCAACGUUGGCAAAGUUGAAGAACACCACCACCAACAACAACAAUAGCCAGAGCAACUGCACUUACGACCCCGUAAACAACAAACAACUUCAACAACAACAUCCACCACAAUGCCUUUGUUUGAUGUCGCCGAUGUUACAUCAAACCAGUGACAACCUGAUGAAAUGUUGUUGCUCAAAUUCAAUAACCAAUCUCGAACGAACUAUUUUCUUGCGCUGUGAUUCACCGCAGCUCUGUAGGAUGGCCAGCCAACCGGCUGCCGGUGAAAUGGAACACGUGGAAAACUCAAAUAUCUUCGAUCAAUCACUCAUUACUGACGCUGGGAAUGUGUCGUGUGUUUUUAUAAAUUCAAGGUCAAGGACGAAUGGAGUGUUAAGUUUGAAGAGCGAUUGUGAUUCUGGCGAGAGGAUGAUCAAUCGUAACGUGAUUGAAUCUGAAGAACUCGCAUCCAUCAACGCCAGCGACGUCAAUAUGCUUCCCAACAACAACAACAACAACAACAGCAACAACAACAACAACAUUAAAAACAACAAUCACUCGAAUGAAAAUGCACUAAGCAACGAUUUCAACGUUGACGUCAUCAGCAAUAAUAGCAACAAUAACACCAACGAUGCCCAGUCUUUCUGCCAUCAUUCGGAUUUCCCAUUUUUUUUAGAUGUACAAAUCAACAACAACAAUCAGACGAACAACAUCAAAGUGAAUAAAGAUCAUAGAAAAGACAAAACUAAUACAUUAGGUAAGGAGAAACAUUCCAAACAGAACAGAUAUCAGACCCGCCACCACCAACAACAACAGCAGCAACAACAACAACAACCUCAUCUAGACCAACAACACGAUCAUCAACGCUGCAGCGAUAAUACAACAACAUUUUUAUCAUUAGAUCCAGUGUCCUACUUACAUGCAGAUUAUAAAAAGCUUGUCUGA